AUGGAGCAGCGCGGCGCGGCGGGCGGCGGCAGCGGCGGGGCGGGCGGCGGCGGGCGGGCAGCGCCGCGUAGCGCCGCGCUCCGGCGCUGCAGGCAGCGGGCAGGGCCGCGGGUGCUGCUGCCCGCGCUCUGCCUGGCGCUGGCCCUGCUGCCCCCCGCCCGGGCGCUGCCCACGUCCCCCCAGCACGGCCUGGCCGAGAGGCUGAGCCGCUCCCGGGAGCUGCUGGAGGCCGCCAACGCCUCCCUCCACCGGCUGAAGGAGCUUGGCACGCUGGGAUUUGAAUGUACCCUUGAAGAGGUUGAUCUUGAAGAUAUCACUAAGAAUCAAAUCAACACGAUAAAAGCUUGCACAUCUGAGGAUCAUGGGAGUAAAUGCCUGCAGGGCAUCUAUGAGGAUCUGAAUGCCUACAAGGCAGAGCUGAAGAACUUCAAUGAUCAAAAGGUGCUGGCAGCUAUUGAUGAACUGAUGAAAGCCCUGAAGACCAGCAGCAGGAGUGUGUCGCAGCCACCAGCAGGCACAGGGCUGACCUCCUUCAAGGAAAGGAUGAGGCUCUGCAGCAUCCUUCACGCCUUCCAAAUCCGCACAGUCACCAUCAACAGGAUGAUGAACUACCUGACCUCUCCAGAGAGCUUGCUGUAA